UCAUCAUAAGUCACUAUGUACAGGUUAGACUUGAAUUACAUGCCAGCCUCUAAUCUAUUUGUUUUUCUCUUAACAGAUCUCUCUGAUCUUGAUCCAAAUGCUGAUUUGAAAUCGCCAAUUUCAUUGGUUCACGAAAUUGCUUUGAAGAGAAAUUUGACGGUAACAUUUGAGGUUAUUCGUGAAUCUGGGCCUCCACAUGUUCGAACAUUUGUCACAGUAUGCAUAGUCGGAGAGUACAAAACUGAGGGUGAAGGCACAGGAAAGAAGGUCAGCAAAAAACGAGCGGCUGAAUUAAUGCUGGAAGAACUUCGCAAGCUUCCAGCACUUCCCCCAACAACUCUGGUACGCAUCAAGCGUAAACCCACCACCAAGAAGAAAAGCAGAAACCUCAUCAAGGUGGGUCCAGAGGCAAGUACACCAUCGAUGCUUUUAUUCCCGCAUGUUUGUUUUGGCGGCUGAACAAGUCUUAUUUAC